GAGACUGAACUUCAUGCCGCGUCCGACCCAGAGCUUGGGAUUUCAGAGUUGUGAGAGCAAUAUUGCACUUCCACUCAGAGGAACGACCAGCUGCGGGGUUUUAGCUAUCUUUGCCUUUUCAACAAGCCGUCAUAUGUGUGUCUGAGUGCGGCUACGGGAUGUACACAACCGGACUCAACCCCUUUUACGCAUCGAACUUCAGCCUCUGGUCUGCGUACUGCGCGGGGGGCUUCGCUGUGGAUACCAUGAAGAAGCCGUCAUUUUGCAUUGCAGAUAUUUUACAAGCGGGAGACGGGGAGAACAUCCCGAGUUCCUCCGCUCUCAUGGUGCACAUGGGGCACCACAGGACGCAGGGGCGCGCUGGCACACCUCCCCUGCGCCCCUCUCCAGUCGCUCCGGAGCCAGCUUUAUACGCGGCCAGGUUGAGCCCCGCAUCGCCCUACCACAGACACGGACUACAGCUAACUUCAGUGUCCCGGACCGCGUUCACCUCCCAGCAAGCACCGCCGCCUUCCAGUAAAGACCUCAAGUUUGGAAUAGAUCGGAUACUUUCCACGGACUUUGAUCCAAAAAGUAAAGAAAAGUCGUCAUUAAGAGAUCUUACCUCCAUCGUAAGCUCAAACCGUCAGUCAGGGCUCCACCAUGUUGCGGUCCAGCCUGCGUCCGGCCAGUACUACUCUUCCAUAGACCCGGCGAUGAGCGAAGCAGCCUCCAUGAUGGGCGCACUAGGCAGCAGCAGCAGGCAAACAGGCCAGCAUCAGUUUCAAGACAGCUUUCCAGUCCUAGGCCCCUAUGCUGUCCUCACCAAAGACACAAUGCCCCAAACCUACAAGAGGAAGAGGUCAUGGUCCAGGGCGGUGUUCUCCAACCUGCAGCGAAAAGGCCUGGAAAAGAGAUUUGAAAUUCAGAAAUAUGUCACCAAACCGGACAGGAAGCAGCUGGCCGCCAUGUUGGGUCUCACAGACGCACAGGUGAAGGUCUGGUUCCAGAACAGGCGCAUGAAGUGGCGACACUCCAAAGAGGCGCAGGCCCAGAAGGAGAAGGAUCCAGCGGGGGACAAGACUCUGCCCGAGGCCCCGGAGAGCAAAGACCCGAUCGAGUCCGACUGCGACAGCGAGCCCCGGACCGACUGCGAGUCCGACGACCCCGCGGAGGCAGACGAGGACGACGCGGCGCAUUUGGACGUUUCUUCGGUUCUGAACAAUCAAACCAGCGUGAUUAUGAGCGGCACAUGCGCACCGAGCAGUCCGCCCGGGAGCGAGGAGGGGCCGGCCACUACCCCCACGGACACAGCGGCCUCCCAGGUGCUCCUAUGAAAGCCAAUGUCAGCACGGGUUUAACUCACGAACUAUGGCGUAUAAAAGUGUUAAAUAAGUCAGGCAUGGCUUUCUAAAACGACGGACUCUGGACUGUGGCAGGUAUGGUUAGCGAGGCCCGUGGAGGCGCAAAUAAAUAAGAUUAAAACCGAAAUGUUAGUUCAUUUGACACAGCUAACUUCCGCCACUAAACAAACAUGCGGUGCCACGUGUUGUCGUUUUAUUAGCAGUUUUCGUGCCUUGAUGUUUUUUUUUCCUCAAGUGAAGACAAAACUGCGGUUGUGAAUUUUAUUUUCAGGUUAUGAACCACUUGUUUCACGUUACAAAAUCUCAGAACAUCAGAUGGUGUUUAAAUAUUUUGUCUGAAUAUAUUUGUGCUAUUUUGUUAUUGAUAAUUUGCACUGAAAACUAUGUAAAUAAAACGUUUCCUAUGUAAGAAAAAUGUCAAAA